AUGUCGACGAUCUGCAUAAUCCAACCUAAUCCGGACGUAACUGGCACGGGGAUUCGAAUUUCUAUUUAUGUCCUUGCACUGGGAGGUCGGAUAGCGGAGUUUAUUGCAUCCCAAAUAGGCGACCACGAAGACGCCAAAGAGCUCAAAGUAGCUGUAGAUUCAACCCUAAGCGUCCAAGGACUUGCCGUGCUCUUCACAGCAGUAAUACAAACUUUUCUCAACAAAUUGACCCUUUUCCAUGCAAUCUGCAGUAUUCAUUUGCUCGCCCUGCUCGGCAUCAGCCUCCCCCGCCAAGUCAAAUACGAAAAUGUCGGCCCACUGAGGCUUUAUGUCUGGAUUGGAAUCAAGGUCUCUGCUGGCUGUGUAUUUAUCGUUUUUGCCACCUAUAUUUGGGCUACAGCAAAGACAUUCGGCGUCCAGCCAGAGUGUAAUGCAAGUACUGUCUACGUGGUAUUUGGAAUCAGCAUCCCCGCUACUUCGACAGCACUGCGGUGGGUUAUGGUAGGCACACUCGCGUUGACUGCGCUUGGGACAUUGAUUGGCGUAAUAAUGAUGAUUAGCUUUUCUGCGUUUUUCAUGUGGCAAGCGAGAAGACAUCCGAAUGAUUGGGAGACAUUUCGGUACCGCGAACAAAGACCAAUAGAAGCAAAGAGCAAGAUAGAACAGUGGAUGGGAAUGAUUAAUACUUCCAGUGUUAAUAUUUAUGCCAUGGUAUCGUUAGAACAAACGAUAGCGAGGAAUAAUAUCGGUCCGGGAGAAAAGGACUGGACGUUUGGACAGAUCAUUGCCAUAUUUAUGUUGGUGGGCGUGGUGAAUGAAGGCGUCAAUUUUGGGCUUGCAUAUUUGGAUAGAUUGAAGAGAGAGGGGAGACAUGGCGACUGA